AUGUCCGCGUUCAAACAUGACACUAUCUUGUCGAUUGACUCGAUUUCUUUGCCAGAACGAAAUUGGACAACAAGUUAUGUUCAACACGAACGUCUUGCUAAACAACUGUCAAACGUGGAAACUUAUUCGACUCAAUUUACGGAUGUAUCAUUAUUCAACGAUUCGGAAAGUGACGUGGACGAUACCGCGGAAUACACUUUGGCCAUAAUCAAACCAACAGCUACCCGACACAUGUACAAAAUCGAAAGUUUCAUGACAGACAAAUGUUUCAUCAUAAAAAAAGUACCAAGCCGGAAAGACGUGUUUCAUUUGAAGAAAGAAGAGGCCGCACAUUUUUACCGGAGCCACAAGUUUGAGUUGUACUACUCAAAUUUGGUCGAGCACAUGACUAGCGGUCCGAUAAUUGUAUACGUUCUGAUGAAGUCAGAUUGCAUCGCAGACUGGAAGAGAUGUAUUGGUCCGGCUGACGUGGCCUAUGCAAAACAAUACGAACCGUUCACGUUACGAGCAAUUUAUGGCAAAGAUUCUGGAAAUUGGUCUGUUACUAACGGUUUUCACGGCAGUAGCAGUCGGCGUGCCGCAGAGAAAGAGAUACUGUUCUUUUUUCCAUAUAGUAAACCUAAAACUAUCAGUACUCCUAUUAACAACACAUUGGAAUUUAUACAUGCGGUCAUGAUGCCAACAAUAACCAAAGGGAUCGUGGAACUGUACAAAGCAGAGCCUGUAGAUCCUCUUAGAUGGUUUGGAAAAUGGCUACUGUUAAACAACUUGACUACGGCGAAGCUGGAAGCUUAG